AUGGUGCUAUUGUUUCGCUUGCAGCUUCUCGCGCCGCCCCCCCGUUCUCUCGCCAUUCGCGAGGAGCUCCUCUUUCGCCUCCACUCAGCGUGGCACACGUGCCAUCGCCCAGUCAGCUUCCCCAACCACCAUCAGCAGCACACGUGGCACCAUCCUAGUAGAUACGUCAACCCAUCAACCAUGCCGCCUGUUCUUCAUCUUGCGCCCGUUGCCGCCGCGAGGCUUCCAUUCACGCUCCGCGCAUCGCUUUCGUCUGCGCCGCGCUCCCCCAUUCCUCCGGCCGAUCUCCGCCUCGCAAUCCUCCCACCCGCAGCUCUCCGCAGUUUCUCUUCCGCGCCUCCGCGCCCUGUUCUCGCAGAGGGGCAUGCCGCGGAAGGCAGACGGAGUCGAAAAGUAGAAAUUUUGAGGGCGGGGGCAGAUGGAGGGGCGUUGGCGGUGAGCGGAGGUGCGGAGGCAGCGGGGGACGAAGUAGGGAAGGGGGAGAGAGGGGGAGAGGAGGUGGGUCGAGGGGAAGCGCGAGGAGACCCGCCAGUCCUCGCGGAAGCAGCAGCAUUGCGCCAAGGCGGCGAUGCUGGCGCGGAUAUAGCCGCGGAGGCGGAGGUGGGGCGGAGCCACGGCGGCGGAACGGGAGGCGGAAAGGGCGGGGCGCGGAGGCGCGGGAAACGGGUGCGGCUGGACGAGCUGUGUGUGGCGCGGUGGGCGCAGUACAGCCGCAGCCAAGUGCGCUCGUGGAUCCUGCAAGGUGCGCUCGUGGAUCCUGCAAGGUGCGCUCGUGGAUCCUGCAAGGUGCGCUCCUGGAUCCUGCAAGGUGCGCUCCUGGAUCCUGCAAGUCCCAUCCCACAGUCCCCUCCCUCAGUCCCCUCCCACAGUCCCAUCCCUCAGUCCCCUCCCACAGUCCCCUCCCACAGUCCCCUUUCUUUCACAACCGCCCCCUCCCUUGCUCCCGUUUCUCGGCCUCGUCUCUUCCCUACAACGCUCCCUUCUCCCCCUCCCCCCCUUCCCCCGCCAGGCAAGGUGUUGGUGGAGGGGCAUCCAGUCACCAAGGCGGGCGCGCAGGUUUCAGAGCACGCUGACGUCAUCAUCAAGGCCCGCGUGCCCAAAUACGUGUGCAGGGCGGGGUACAAGUUGGAGGGCGCGCUGCAGCAGUGGGGGGUGGCGGUGGGGGGGGCGGUGGCGCUGGAUGCGGGGCUGUCCACGGGGGGCUUCGCGGACUGCCUGCUGCAGCAUGGUGCUGCCCGCGUGUACGGCGUCGAUGUGGGGUACGGCCAGGUGAGUGAGCGUAUCCGAGUUGACCCACGGGUGGUGGUCAUGGAGCGAACCAACCUGCGCCACCUGUCGCCCUCUGAUUUGCCGGAGAAAGUGGACGUGGUUACCCUCGACCUCUCCUUCAUCUCCGUCCUCCUCGUACGCCCCCUGCGCUCUGCGCUCUGCUCUCUGCACUCUGCGCUCUGCACUCUGCGCUCUGCACUCUGCGCUCUGCUCUCUUCCCCAUCCGCCACCACCCUCGUCCGCUCUUCCGUCUCCAUCCUCUCCCAUGCCGCCAUGAAUGCAACUCCUGGUUUGCCUCCCUGCUCAGUGCUCAUCCCGACAUUACUCGUCAGCAUCCUCACAUCCCCCCACGCCACCAUGCAUCCCCCCCACCCUCUCACGCCCAUGCAUCCCCAUCCACCCCAUCCGCCUGCCGUGUCCCACAUUGCAUGGCAGGUGAUGCCAGCGGUGGUGGGGGUGAUGAAGCCGGGGGCGCACCUCAUAGUGCUUGUCAAGCCGCAGUUUGAGGCGCGGCGAGGGCAGGUGGGCGGAGGGGGCAUCGAGGCCGUGCGGCAGGAGGUGCUUGAAAGAGUGACGCGCGGUAUAGAGGAGUUUGGAAUGGAGGUGCAGGGGGUGAUGACGUCACCGAUAACGGGCACGGAUGGCAACGUGGAGUUCCUGGCCCACUUCGUGCGACGGCCUGUGGCAGCACCUCAAGAGGUGGUUCCGCCAGGCGACUCAGAGGACCUUCCUUGA